AUGUUUAUCAAAAGAAUUGUGAUUCAAGGUUUCAAAUCAUAUAAGAACGAAACUGUUAUCAACUCGUUUUCUCCACAUCAUAAUGUGGUUGUUGGUCGAAAUGGAUCUGGAAAGUCAAAUUUCUUUGCCGCCAUCAGAUUUGUUUUAUCGGAUGCUUACACAAAUAUGACGCGUCAAGAAAGGCAAUCACUCAUACAUGAAGGAUCUUCUACCGUGAUGUCUGCAUAUGUAGAAAUAGUGUUUGAUAACAAAGAUCGCAGAUUACCCGUUAACAAAGAUGAAGUGCGAAUCAGAAGAACCAUUGGAAUGCAAAAAGAUGAUUAUUCACUGAACGGAAAGUCUUCUUUGAAAGCUGAUAUAAUGAAUUUUCUUGAAAGUGCUGGUUUUUCAAGAUCUAACCCAUAUUAUAUUGUGCCUCAAGGCCGAAUUACAGCCAUUACAAAUUCGAAAGAUUCUGAAAAAUUGGAUUUGUUGAAGGAGGUGGCCGGUGCAACCGUUUUUGAGAAGAAGUUAAAGGAAUCUAAUAAAGAAAUGAAUGCAGCUAAUAAGAAGCAAGAGCAGAUUGAUGAGAUGCUUAGCUAUAUUAACACGAGGCUCAGUGAUCUCAGCAUGGAAAAAGAGAACUUGAAGGUUUUCGAAAAGUAUAACACCAGCAAGAAAGUACUUGAAUUCAAUCUUUAUGAUAGAGAGAUCAAAAGUCUCACUCAACAAAUUGACUCCGUUGAAAAUAGUUACUCAGAUAUUUUGCAAAAUUCCAACGCAAUUGCAGAAGACCUUAAUGAUGGUGAGAUUUCUAUCAAGAAUCUCGAGGAUAAACUAACUGAGUACAAAUCUCAGAGGAAACUUUUAGAAAUUGAAAGCAAGAACAAUGAGCAAGAAAUAGCAGAUGUGUUGUCUGCCAUAGGUGCUGAAAAGGCAGAACUUAAGAGUAUCAAAUUAGAACUUGCAUCAGCAUCUGGUGAAGACUCUUUAAAACUUGAGCAUGCAAAGCAGAAGCUACAGAAAAAAGCUGAAAAAAGAGAUAGUAUACAUCCAAAAUUACAAAAGCUUACUAAAGACUCACAAGAGAUAUCAUCAAGAUUGGAAAAUAUGCGCUCAGAACAGAGAUCACUACUUUCCAAAAAAGGAAGAGGGAGGCAGUUUAAAACAAAGCAACAGAGGGAUGACUGGCUUGAAACGGAAAUUCAAAGAUUAAAUAAUUCGUUGACAGAAAAGAAGAAUUCUUUGGCUUCUUUACAAAACACUGAAACCGACAUUCACAAGAAAAUUUCUGAUUUGGAGGGGGAAAAGAAGCAACUUGAAAUUGACUCUUCUCAAAUUUCUGAGUCACAAGCGGAGAAGGAGUUAUAUGAUUUGAAAGUUCAGUGUACCGCCCUUAUUGAUCAAAGGAAAUCCCUAUGGAGAGAAGAAAGUAGACUUAACAGUGUUCUACAGACAUAUAAGGAUGAAAAAUCAAAGGUGGAGGAGGAUUUGAACGGCAUGAUGAGUAGUUCCAUCUCUAAAGGAUUGAAGUCCGUGAAGGAUAUUGUUGAUAAUUUGAGCCUUGAGGGUGUAUAUGGUACACUUGGCGAAUUGAUAGAUGUGAGUGAUAAAUAUAAGACUGCAGUUGAAGUUGUUGGUGGUAAUGCCCUAUUCGACGUUAUUGUUGAUACAGAUCGAACCGCAAGCUUAAUAAUGGAGCAGCUAGCUACUAAAAAGACUGGCCGAGUUACAUUUAUACCCCUAAAUAGGCUGAAGCAAAGAACAGUGCAUUAUCCUCCAGGUGGUGAUUCAGUUCCUCUAAUAAGAAAAAUUGCUUAUGAUGACUCGUUGGAAAGUGCUGUUCAACAUGUAUUUGGAAAUACAGUUGUCGCUAUUUCCUUGGAGCGGGGAGCAGAAAUUUCAAAAUCUACUGGAUUAAGUGCAGUCACAUUAGAUGGUGAUAGAUGUAAUAAUAAUGGUGUUUUAACAGGAGGUUUCAGGGAACAGGCAAAAUCUAGAGUGGACUGCCUCAAAAGCAUCAAUAAAUGGGACUCCGACAUUACAACAGUCGAUGAAAAGUUGCGUGAAAUCAAGAACCGUAUUUCGGAGAAAGACACUGCAAUAACGAAAAUUAAUGGAAAUAUUAAUCAGAAGAGGAAGCAGUAUGAUUCAAUUUUGGUAGAAAAAGACCUCAAAGAAACGCAGGUUUCCGAAGUUGAAAAUCAACUCAAUAUGAGUAAGCAAGAGGUUGCUACUACUGAGACUCAAAUUAAAAAGCUUACAUCUAGUAUUGAUCUGUUGAGUGAACAAAAGCAUCAGUACGAAACAGAAGUGAAAACAGAUUUUGAGAGUAGCGACUUAUUGGAUUCUGAAGAAGAGAAGUUAAGCACUUUGCAAACAGAUAUCCCUAAAGUUCAAAAGCAAUAUGAUAGUAUAUCUGGUGAACUUCAGAGCCUUGAGAUGGACUAUUCCUCAUUGGACUCUGAAAUAAAAGAGAUGCUAAUACCGCUAGUAUCUAGACUCACUAAGAUUGUUUCGAAAUCACAUGUCAGUGAGGUUCAUAGCAUGCGUGUCAGUGAUCUUAAAAGUAAAUUGGAAGAUGAUGAAAAAAGAAGCCAAGAAUUGGAUACAGAGAAGAAAAAUAUUAAAAGUAAAGUGGACGAAUUGGAACAAAGCAUGUCGGAGGUGGAAAAGAGCAGAAAAACGGCGGACGAAAAUCAGAAGAGUUUGAUUCAAAAAUUGGCUAUUUACAGCAAAGACACUGAUAAGCUUUUAAGUAAGAAGGUCACUUUAAAAACAAGAAGAGAUGAACUUAAUAAGAAAGUGAAUGACCUCGGACUUCUUACAGAUGAUGCGUUCACUAAGUAUGAAGGUGUGGAGUCAAAAGCAAUAUUGGAUGAACUUACAAAGGUGUCGAAAGAGCUUAAGCAGUAUAGUCACGUCAACAAAAAAGCUCUUGAACAAUAUAUUAACUUUAGCAAGCAGCGGGAUUCUCUUGUUUCGAGAAGAAAGGAGCUUGACAAGGGUAAGUCCUCUAUUGAAGAAUUAAUGCUCGUUCUUCAGAAGAGGAAAAAUAAGGCUAUUAUUCAGACCUUCAAAGAAGUUGCCACGAAAUUCUCUGAAGUUUUCCAGGAACUUGUUCCUGCUGGAGUUGGAAACCUCAUUUUACAGAAGAAAAAUGAUAAGUCAAUUGAAUCGUUAACUCAGCAAAUUGUUGAAGAAGGUGAUGGCACGGAAAUAUCAUCUGACCAGUAUGUUGGUGUUACUAUCGUGGUGUCCUUCAACUCCAAGAAGGAUGAACAGUUAAGGUUGGAGCAACUUUCGGGAGGUCAAAAGUCAUUAUGCGCAUUAGCACUUAUUUUUGCUAUUCAGAAGUGCGAUCCAGCACCAUUUUAUUUGUUCGAUGAGAUAGAUGCAAAUCUCGAUGAGCAAUAUCGUACAGCCGUUGCUAAUCUUGUUCAUAAGCUUUCUGCACAUGCACAGUUCAUAUGCACGACCUUCAGAAAAGAAAUGUUGGAUGUUUGCGACAAAUUCUAUGGUGUCAUGUUUAAUAACAAGGUCAGUACAAUUGCCGAGAUAUCCAAGAAUGAAGCUCUCAACUUUGUGGGAGAUCUCCAAGCUGAGCACGUCAAUUCGACAGACGCGUAG